AUGCUUUCGUAUAUCUACGGCCGUCUGGUCGGCGCGGGCGCGCACCAGGCCAUCUCCAUCGAGCCCGUCGAGGUGCACCGCAUCGAGGCGGCCCCCGAGAAACGGCCGCGGACGCUUAAGCACUUGCUCCGCGCAAACCACACCAACCAUGCCAUCCUCUAUAACACGCUGCGUUUCCACAACCACCUGCCACACAUCCUCGGCUCCGCCUACCUCCUCGGCGCCUCCCCCGACCAGCUGCACACGAUCUACGACUACGAAUCCAAAGAGCUCGAGCCCUGGUCUGACAGCCCGGCCGAGAUAGUCCAAGAUGAUUGGCGCGACUUCCUCGGCGACAGACACUACCAGAGGGCCUACGUCGACUUCUUCGAGGACCAGCUGGUCGGCAGGCGGCUGGGCACCCAGUCGUGGGACUGGACCAAGGUCGUCAACGACUACGUGUGGGGAGACGCCGACGGCGGCCCGCCGCUGGGCAACAAUCUGAUCGCGGGCCUCGGCCACCCCCUGAUCCACCUGGGCUACGCCUACGAGCUGGACAACAAGGAGCUCGCCAUAGAAGCGCUGGCCAUGGCCGCCACCCAGUAUGAUUUCAUGCACAAGUACCUCGACGACCCAAAGUACACCCGGCCGCCGCCCAAGGGAGGUUUCGUCUCGGCCUCGCCCGUCGAGAUACUCGACAAGGUCAGGGGCGACAAGCGGUUCGACGGGCUAUUUCACAAGGGCGAGGGCUUCGACAAUAUCGAGGUUCUCUUCGAUAAGCACGAGGACCUGGUGCUGGAGUACUGGAACGCGUGGGACGUGGGCAGCGACCCGGCAAAGCGGUUCAAGGAGAGCCAGGAGGCUGCCACGGCGCUACUGGUGGCGACGGUGCCACCGGGAGCGCAUUCAUACAAUUUCCUGGUGGUGCACCUGCUCACCACAAGCCACGCGGUGCGCAUCCUGCUGCCGAUGAUCCCGGCCAGGUUCCACAUCCCACUGGUGCGGCAGUGGUGGCUCUUCACGCUGUCGACUUACAUCGCGGAGCUGAGGCCCAAGAUCGACCCGGAUUACGUGCCCUGGCCCGAGGGGUCCUCACAAAAGGGCUGGGCGUACGUUGAGGACAAGGCACUGAAUGGCCAGUAUGCCACGGAUGCACACUUUGUCAAGGCGGUAAGGGCGAUGCGCGAGGCGGCGAGGACCUGGGGAGAUGUUCACGAGCGGUACCUGGCCUCGGCUGUGCGGUUUGUGGACGACUUCCGGGGCUGGACGUUCUCAUGA